CGGCACAUAGACACAGAGAGAGAACGGGAAAGGAAGGAAGCCGCAUCACGGGGGCGGUCACAUCCAAGGUUUCCGGAGCGAGAUGCUCGGCGGCGCCCCUCCAGAGUUCGCGCGCCUCGCUGAUGAGUGUCUGAUGGAUGCCCGCAAGAAGAUUGAACACGAGAUCGAAAGUAAAGCCAAGGCGUCCUUGAAAGAAGGGUUAGGUCAAGAGCUUAAAACUCCACACCCAGGGACAGAUAUUGAAGAUGAAGAAGGGAACCCUGGUAGUGAUAGGAAUGAAGAAGGGAGACAUCAGUGUGUGGAAGAUACUGAUUUAGAUGAGAGAGGCUAUGAUGUCGAGAUCACUGACACUGAAGCAUCAGACGAUUUGCUAUAUGAAGAAGUUCUGACGGUGAUAUGUGUGACGACCAGAUCAUCCGUUGUUUCCUGGUUGUGGCAUUAUCAACAUUCCUCUGCCCGACAUCAAACACUAAACCAAGCACCAAAUAUAUGGGAGCUCUAGUUAAUGUG